AUGAGACGGAUCCUCUUUUCUGGCGUACUCCUGCGUAUACAGGCCCAAGAGGACGACGACGAACAGCCUCUGCAUCUGACAAACGACGCGUCUUUCUUUCAGCCCCAACUCCAUGACAAGCGACUGGGCCGCCAGCUGCGCGAGGAUCUCGGCCAGAGCAUAAGCUCCGCGAGCAGUGCCAGCAGCAGUCAAUCCACGUCCACGUACGAGGACGAUGACGAGGAUGAGGAUGAUGUGGAGGGCUCCAGCGAGUACUACGACAGCGAUGAGGAGCAGGGGGGAGGGAGCAGCGACAGCAGCAACGACUCGCUGCCACGAUUGCUCUCUCAGUCGACAUUCAAUCGGAUAUCGGAGACCCUGGGGGCCAUCAAUCAUGUGGGACACAUGCUGGUGGACAUGACACGAGGAGGACAAGAUGCGGCCAAGACAGAGAGUGAAAUCAGUGACGAUAAGAGCAGCACUUCCACCACAGAAGCGACACCUACUCCGAGCCCCAGUAGUGGAAGCACCACCGCGACAUCCUCUCCUCUGGGGAGAUCAGAUCCCCUGCCUGGAGUCUCUGGAAAGCUGUUGGACAGCCCCAUCACACUGUCGGCCAACAGCUUGCUGCCAGCGGGCAAGCCAGCGAAUCUGAGUGCCAUUCAGCAGGUGGCCACCAAGCGGAUCGGCGUGGAGUCCUCUCCCAUGUUCGUGGAGAACAAGGAGCUCAAGCAGAAGAAGAAAAAGAAGAAGAACAAGAACAAACAGAAGCUGAAACAGAAACCCAAUGCGGAUCCCAGCCAGAUCCAGGGCACUCAGCAGGUCCAGCAAAAGAUCAAGAUCCCAACGACCCCAAGGACCACCACCAGCAGCAGCACAAUCACCAGCACCACGAGGAUCACGCCUGUGACCCUACGACCUCUCGAUCAACUGGCUUUGGCCAGCAGCGACGAGGAGUCUGGCACGGGCAAGGAUGUGGAGAACUACUGCAAGACGCCAAGUGGCCGGGCGGGACGCUGCGAGGAUCUCAGCAGCUGUCCAGCACUGCUCCUGAAUCUGAGCAGCCUGCGGGAGUCCCUGUGCUUCAAGAGCCUCUUUGUGCCGGGAGUGUGCUGUCCUCUGUCUUCGGUUAGCACUUCGGAGAGCUCUGCCCUGCAGAGCACCACUCAAAGGCCUCUCAAAUUGACUGCAAAACCCACUACCAGCACCACCACAAAACGCACCACUGUGCGGCCUGCGACAGCCAGACCCUCGACGAGGCCCACCUCUGGUCUGGUGCUCAUUCCCCAGAAGAAGCCACCGACAACCACCACGACCACAACCACAGAAGUGCCCCUGGAACCCGAGGGCCUGGAUGAGAUUGGCAACAACAUUGUGGAUCCGGAUGAGUGCGGACAGCAGGAGUACUCCACGGGUCGCAUCGUGGGCGGCGUGGAGGCCCCCAAUGGACAGUGGCCCUGGAUGGCGGCCAUCUUCCUGCACGGCCCCAAGCGCACGGAGUUCUGGUGUGGUGGCUCUUUGAUUGGCACAAAGUAUAUCCUGACAGCAGCCCAUUGCACGCGGGAUUCCAGGCAGAAACCCUUUGCUGCUCGACAGUUUACAGUGCGUUUGGGCGACAUCGAUCUCUCCACAGAUGCCGAGCCCUCGGAUCCGGUGACAUUUGCCGUCAAGGAAGUUCGGACACAUGAACGGUUCUCUCGCAUUGGUUUCUAUAAUGACAUUGCCAUCCUGGUGCUGGACAAACCCGUGAGGAAAUCGAAAUAUGUGAUACCCGUCUGCCUGCCCAAAGGCAUUCGAAUGCCACCGAAGGAGCGCCUGCCCGGACGCAGGGCCACUGUGGUGGGCUGGGGCACCACCUACUACGGGGGCAAGGAGUCCACCAGCCAGCGGCAGGCAGAGCUGCCCAUCUGGCGGAACGAGGACUGCGAUCGCAGCUAUUUCCAGCCGAUCAAUGAGAAUUUCCUUUGUGCCGGCUACUCCGAUGGCGGGGUGGAUGCGUGUCAGGGCGACUCUGGUGGUCCUCUGAUGAUGCGCUACGACUCCCAUUGGGUGCAGCUGGGGGUGGUAUCCUUUGGCAACAAGUGCGGAGAGCCUGGUUAUCCUGGUGUCUACACGCGUGUCACUGAGUACCUGGAAUGGAUACGAGAUCACACGCGUGACUGA